UCUCUCUCUCACAUAGACCAUAUCAUAUUCUAUCACACCAUGCCACGCUCUAUAUUAUCGCCCACAGCUGCUCGACGGCUAUCCCAAGCCCCAGCUUGCCGCCUGUUCUCAACUUCUCGCCCGGCUUGCCUCUCCGCAUUCUCCGACGGCCAAUUCAUUUCUCGCCGGACAGCAACUGUACCACGUCUUCAGGGCUUGGUGCCACGCUCCCAGAUCCCUCGCUCUCUCCGCCAACGCUACGUUGAGUUUUCAUCCUCGUCCAUUCGCCCGGCUACCGUGGUCAUGCAAAAUCCGAGAACCGGAGAUGACGGGGAACCACUUGAGAUUGCGAUUUCGCCACGGGCUAUAGAGCGUCUUCGCGAAAUUACAGACCCAACCACCUCUCCCUCCGCCACAAAAGAAGAAAAUCCCUACCACCAUCUCCGAAUCACAGUCACUAGCGGUGGAUGUCACGGUUUCCAGUACAUGAUGUCCUUGGAGGGCGCCUCCAAGAUCGACCCGGAAGAAGAUACAAUCUUCCAAGGCCAGCCCGAUAGCUCAGCAGCUGAAUCAGCCGGUGAUGCUAAGGUUGUGAUGGAUGAGCCCUCGCUCGAACUGCUGCAUGGCAGCACUGUGGACUACACCACCGAGUUGAUCGGAAGCCAGUUCAAGAUCGUUGAUAACCCGCGUGCUACGAGCAAUUGCGGUUGCGGUACCAGCUUUGACGUUAGUGAUUGA